ACAAAAUCUUUCAACAAGACUUAACUUAGUGUAUGACACUGUAGUUCAUUUAAUGUUUAUUAAUCGGAAUAUUAUGUUUUUUAUUCUUGUUUUUAGUCUACCUCUACUAAUUCACCAGAAUGAUAUCUUCGAACAGUAGUUAUAUGCUCAUAGAGAUUUGCAUUCGGUCAGUAUUGGUCAUCACAUUCUUAGCGUCAGAAAGAUUCCACCCGUUCGAGAGGAUAAUUCAACCGGAAGAAUGGUGGUUGUAUAAGAACCCAAUAGCAGAACAUGAAGUUUGCAAUACAAUGACUUUAUUCCUUCUUUCAAUUUUUACUCCAAUUGUUACGAUUUUCUUAGUGAACUAUUGCAGUAAAAAGAGAAGACAUCUUACUCCCGCGAUACUCGCUGUAACAUUGGCACUUUGUAUAAAUGGUAAUUUAACAAAUAUUAUCAAACUGAUGGUAGGUAGACCAAGGCCUGACUUUUUCUUUCGAUGUUUUCCUAAUGGCAAAGUGCCAAACGGGCAACCAUCAACUUAUGACUUAAAAUGUACAGGAGAUGAAGGAUUUAUAGCAGGUGGAAGGAAGAGUUUUCCGAGUGGACACAGUUCAUUUGCUUUCACAGGAUUGGGAUUUUCUUCUAUUUAUUUAGCUGGACACUUCCGCUGCUUCAGUGUUAAAGGUCGUGGAAGUUCAUGGAGAUUGAUUAUUUUGGUUCCAAUUACUUUUGCAGCGAUGAUUGCCAUCAGCAGAACAAGUGAUUAUAGGCAUCAUUGGCAAGAUGUUGUAGUUGGGUCUAUCCUUGGAUUACUCGUAUCAUAUGUUUGUUAUCGUCAACAUUACCCUGAACUAUCACAUGAGGAGAGUGAUGUUCCUUAUAUGAGAACUGAUCCUAGUGAAAUGACACACUCACAAUCAUCAGGAAGGCUUCAGAAUGUUUAUGUUAAACGAGAUAUUUGAUUAUUGCUUGUGAUGAAAAAUCAUGUGAGAACUUGUACUUGGUAUAUUCCAAGGGAACUAAAUUUAUCAUAAUAUUGAGACAAAGAUAUUAUAGUAGUGUGAUUAACUAGUUUGUGGAUGACAAAAUGCAGCUAGAAAAAUUAAAGUAGAUAUCUUUUGAAUGUUAUUCUCUCUUGCAUCAUAAUUACAAUUGGUCUCAUAAUACAUAUUUAAGGUCAUUUAAAAAUAUACAAUUAUGUAGUCUGGGUCCCUCAACCUGGGCAUGUUGAUUUAGUGGAUUUAUUAUUGUUGAGAUUUGUCAUCACAGCAUUUCAUAGCAUGUACAAACCAACAUUUUCAGUCAAGUACCGGUUGGUGUUAUUUCAUUGGCUCAUUCUCAUCCUUGACAAUAAAAACAUCAGUAGUUGUAAAACAUUUAAUGGCAAUGUCAUAUUUUUGGGAAUGAUAAUCAUAAUGUCUUCGAAAACUCUUUAAGCUAGCUCCACUGCUUUUUGACCAAAAAUGUGCAAAGACAUGUAUUUGUUUUUCUGUACCCAUAUUUUUGCAAUUCAAUUGUUGGAUUCAAUAUAUUCUAUUUGUAACUAACGAUUCAUCCUAUUUUCCUGUCUUCCAAUCUUUGUUUAGCUGUCAUUCAGCACUUUCCUGAAGAUUAUUGUAAAUAAACAUUCCAUGACCAUGCAGCCUAAUAUAUAAUAUGGUAAAUACAGUCAUUGUAUAUAAAUACAAUAUUUUGGGAUAUAUUUAUCUUUUGUUAUUUGUUUUCGCCUUUCUGAUAUUUAUUAAAGCUAUAGACAUAUUGUGUAUUUAGCUGUGUUGAAAAGAACUAUCGUAUAUGCUGUUGUUACAUGUAUAUUUUAUUUACUAGUUCAAAUUUUAUUGCUUUGGUGAUAAGGAUGUUUUGAUAAUAAGUAUCUUUACUGUUAUGUAUCAUUAUAUACCGCUAUGUACGGGCAUUUCUGUCACAAGCAUAAUCAAAAUAUAUGUGUCUGUGAAAAUUUCAGAAAUAAUAUGUUAUUGGUGCUUGGUUAUUUUCUUGUUUUUGACGGAUGCAAUAUAUAAUAUGUAUUAUAUUUAUGGUGAUAAUUAUGUAGAGAAGAUCUUCAAAUUUUUGUUUUGUGUUUGAAGGUAACACCAUUUUAUAACUGUUAAAAUGAUUUUACUUAUUAAUUUUUGAUCUGGAAGAUGGAGUCUGACAGCCACAGUGAUGCAGAUUGUGUUGACCUCAGUGAAGCAAAUCCUGAGGAACAUAUGAUACCUGAAUAUGACCAUUUCGAUACAGAACAUGAUAUAGUUAUCGAGUCACUGCCUGAUGAAAUAAAAUAUUCUGAAUGGAACAAACUUGAGAGAGUAUCUCAGGAGAUUGGAGCAUCAUUUGG